GAGCCUGCGUUCGCAGAGCAGAAGCAGAAGCGAGCAACGGGCAGAACCCUCUCGCCCCUCGCCCCUCGCCCUCCCUGCCUCCUCCACCAGCUCUACUUUACCGUUCUGCUGCGCCUGCGGCCCUCCCUGCGUUCGUCUGUCUCCACAAGGGGCCGAUAUUUAAUACACAUCGUGCCAUUCCGUUGUUCUUCUACACUCUUCUCCUCAAAGACUGUGGAGUGUCAAGUCCUGACUGCCACUCGACUCUCACACUUCUUCUUCCCUCCCUCCUUCUAUCACUGCACUGCGCUUCCUUCUCGGUUCUCCUCCCCUCCUCUGGCAUCCAUCAAGCGGGAAUAUACGAGCUGCUCUUGUUCGGACAGCGAGGUGAGCUGAGCAGCAGGGUUUUGCCCAAGUAGUGAGCGAGAGCUGGGGCCGGGCCGUGUCGAGUGGAGUGAAAUUUCGGGAGACCCUGCUGGCAGAUCAGAGCAUUGCACAGGAAGAGGAGAAAGAGCAGAGGUUCGCUCGUUCCUUCAUAUCCUGCUCGGACGCUCCCUUCCGGAGCCAGCGGCCGAGGCGAGGAUUUUGACGGCGCAGCAGCAGGACAGCAGCUGAGGGCGGACUUGGUUCCCCACCUACUCAGCUCGCAUCACUGCCGGUCUGCGAGACGGGCCCAAUGGGUUGGAAAGUGCAUGGAAUCUCCUUCUACUUGGCAUUGCAGGCUCUGUUCAUCCUUCACCUCAUUCAUCCAGCUGAUGCCACUCUGGGAGUGAUUUAUGGCACCCAAGGGUCCAAUGUCCCGAUACCGUCGUCGGUGGUGCAGCUGCUGAAGACGAAUGGAGUGCAGCACAUCAGAAUCUACGACACGAAUCAGGAUGUGCUGAAAGCGUUUGCAGGGUCGGAGAUUCAGGUGAUAAUUGGCAUUCCGAACAGCCAGCUCGCCGAGGUAGGCAGGACUAACGCCACCGCCGCCAAAUGGUUGGCGGACAAUGUGGUCCCGUACGCCGGGUCCGUGAACAUCACCGCCAUCGCCGUCGGCAGUGAGGUGCUGACCAGCUUCGGAUCGUUCUCCACCAGCCUCGUGCGCACAAUGAUGUGGAUCCACGACGCGCUCAUCGCCAAUGGGCUGGACUCGCAAAUUCGAGUCUCCACGCCGCACAGCACCGACAUUCUGGCCACGACGUUUCCUCCGUCGCAGGCCACAUUCAACAGAACGCUCGUGCCCGUGCUCAUGCCCAUGCUGCAAUUCCUGUCGCUGACCGGCUCCUACCUGAUGCUCAAUGUGUACCCCUACUACACAUAUCAGUCGAAUUUCCAGGCCGUGGAUCUGCAGUACGCUCUGUUCCAGCCCGCCACUCAGGUGGCCGACACCUACGCCAACCUCAUGUACCCCAGCCUCUUCGACGCUCUGGUCGAUGCGGGCUACUACGCCAUGCAGGCCCUGAACUUCAGCACCGUGGACAUCGUGGUCACGGAGACGGGCUGGCCGCACACGGGCGACGCCAAUGAGGUCGGUGCGUCGACAGUGAACGCCGCGCAGUACAAUGGCAACCUGGCCAAGCGCACGAACAACAAGACCGGCACCCCGUUCAAGCCCCAGACGCCGCUCGUGGUCUACAUCUACGAGCUGUUCAACGAGGAUCUGCGCACGGGCGCAACCUCGGAGCGCAAUUAUGGCAUCUUCGGCAACGACAUGAACCCCAUCUACAAUGUGGAUCUCACGGGUCAAGGCCGCAUUCUCGCCGGCAACAGCACGCAGUACCAGACCUGGUGCGUUGCGAAGAAGGAAGUCAGUCAGCAGGGGCUUCAGCAGGCCCUGGACUGGACCUGCGGCCAAGGAGGCGUCAACUGCUCUGUCAUUUCCAAGGGCGGAGCCUGCUUUUUGCCUGAUACUCUCGAUUCCCAUGCCUCCUGGGCUUUCAACGCGUACUACCAGAAAAACGGCAAUGGCCCCAACACUUGCGACUUCAGAGGCGUUGGUCAGAUUGUCAGCUACAACCCAAGCUAUUCGAGUUGCAUAUAUCAAGCCAGUAACGUGACCACCACAGUAGGAGGCAGUGUCCCCGGCAGCCCAGCUAGCCCACGAGUAGAGUUUAAAAGUUCAGUGACGUUUGGCUGUCUACUGCUAAUAUUCUUGGUGAAUUUGAGAUACUUUUUGUAGACAGAACGGUAACUCAGCUCAUCCUAGACUUGUAAUUACUGGCCAACCAGUACUUGAACAAUCUCGGCAAUGUUUACUUGGUUAGCGGUAGAUAGGUUAGUUUUUUAGGUCGGAGUUUUUAUCACUUGAAUUCCCUUCUCAACUUUUGAUGUACUGAGUUCGAGAAUGAAUUUGGUCAAUGUGGCGGUUCUCAGCAGGGGCCCAGACAUGCAACAUCUUGACAUUACAGAAGAGACUUAUUUAGGCUUUGAGGCAGAAAGAUGUCAGAGAGGGGACGUCGUACAGGCUGUGUAAAUGUAUAGAGCAGCAUUUGUAUUGAGAGAGAGAUAGAGAGAGAGAGAGAGUGUCAGAGGGAGAGAGAGUCAGAGAUUGAGAGUGAGAGGUCUUCGACAGAUUGUUUGGAGCCAUUCAGAGUCAAAAUUUUGUCUGCUAAUUUUUUGUAUGGCUAUAAAACUCGUUUUCGAUCAC